AUUACAGUGUGUGAGAGCUCGGCUGAUAAACACAGAAUCGAAGUGCUGGAAUUAAUGCUGAGAAAAAACGUUAACUCGGUGAGUCUGACAUAUUUAAAAAGGAGUUAGAUACCAAAAAGAUGUCUGAAAGGGCUCUUUUUGAGAGUUACCUGAACUGCCACGUGUGUGCAGAGACUUUCACAGAUCCUGUGUCUCUGAGCUGCAACCACAGGUUCUGUUCAAGCUGCCUGCAGAAAUUCUGGGAACAAAGUAAGAACAAGAACUGUCCCAUCUGUAAAAGAAAGUCAUCAAAAGACGAUCUAGGGGUGGACUUUGCAUUGAAAGAACUGUCUGACUCGUUUGCUGGGAGACUGAAAGUGGGAUCAUCUGAGACAGAAAAAGGAGAGAAGAAGGUGGAGGUGGUGUGUAGUAAACAUCAAGAAGAGCCUAAACUGUUCUGUAAAGAUGAACAGAGAGCUGUGUGUCAUGCCUGUGACUUUCCUCACCAUGUUGGUCACACUGUGGUUCCUGUAGAUCAAGCAGUCAGGGAGCUGAAGGAGCAGCUGAAACCAGACUUAAAGUCUCUACAGGACAAGAGGAACAAAUACAAACAAGUGGAGAAAACAUACAAAGAAGUGAUUCAACACUCCAAGAAGCAGCUGUUGUCCACAGAGAGGAAGAUCAGAGCAGAGUUCAACAAGCUCCACCAGUUCCUGAAAGAGGAAGAGGAGUCCAGACUGACAGCUCUGAGGGAGGAAGAGGAGCAGAAGGGGAAGACUAUCAGCAGAGAGAUGAAGAGGAUUCAGGAGCAGAUCUCCUCUCUGUCAGACGGUAUCUGUGCUGUUGAAGAAGACCUGCAGAAACACAACGUGGCCUUCCUCAGCAGUUAUAAACCCACUCAGACCAGAGCCAGAGUCCAGUGCUCAGAGUCAGAUCCACAGCUGGUCUCAGGAGCGCUGAUAGAUGAGGCCAAAUACCUGGGCAACCUGUCCUUCAGAGUCUGGGAGAAGAUGAAGGACUGGGUCCACUUCAGUCCGGUCAUUCUGGACCCAAACACUGCUGCUCGCGAUCUCUAUCUGUCUGAUGAUCUGACCAGUGUGAGAAAAGGAGACACAUGUCAGCAGAUUCCUGACAAUCCAGAAAGAAACUCUAAUUAUGCCAAUAUUCUGGGCUCUGAGGGCUUCAGCUCAGGGAAACACAGCUGGGAGGUGGAGGUGGGAGACCAUCCUGGCUGGAAUGUGGGUUUGGCUAAAGAGUCAGUUGACAGGAAGGGAGAGUGUUUUGCUUCACCAGAAUAUGGAAUCUGGUGUUUAUUGCAUCGCAGGGGAAAAUACACAAAUUGUCUUAAUGAGACUCUCACAGUGAAGAAGAGUCUCCAGAGGAUCAGAGUCCAGCUGGACUAUGACAGGGGAGAGGUGUCCUUCUACGACCCUGAAGACAUGACUCACAUCUACACUCACAGAGAAACUUUCACUGAGAGAGUCUUCCCAUAUUUCUGUGUUCUGAAGUCUGGUGAUGCUAUAACUGUUGACAUCAAAAUCUCUGAAACUGACGUGAGCAUUGAUAUGUGCUGAAUACUCUAAAUGUAUUACAACACCUUGAAGAAGUUCACUGCUAUAUGUUUUGAUAGAGGUUCAAACUAUUUUCGGUCAGGUCUAUGCCUUAUUUUCAGUUUGUUUUUGUUUACUCUACUUAAUCAACGACUGGACAUUUCCCUCUGUGUGCUUGUGAAACUUUUGGGAUUUUUGGGGCUUUAUGCUUUUAUUUUGAAAAGACAGUUUGAAAGAGACAUGCACUGAAUCCUGCCUGGACCAGGAACCUAUUCUAUGACCAGUGUGCAGAGAGCUGUAGCCUCUGUACAUGAAGGCGCCCUCUCUACUGACUGAGUGAAAUCUGCACCCUGUGCCUCUGAAUCUUUGAUGAUCAUCAGACAAUAACUGUUGCACGCUAAGAUUUGUGUCUUCUGGUGAGGUGUUUCUGAGUCUUUUACAAAUUCAUUUUUAUUCUUCAGAAUAUGUUCUUAAGUAUGUGGAAUUAUUUUGAAAUCCUGACAAAGCUUAAAAGGGAUUCAUGCAAUAUUAUUGUUAUCAUCAUUUCCUGUUUUCAUGCAAUUCACUGUGUAAAUGUGCAAAAAAAAAAAAUCAUUGAUUA